UCAGGCAAACACAAGCACACACGCACCACCACCAGGAGCUCACAAGUUGUAGCUGGCUCUCUGCUACCACAGCUCCACCGAAGGGUGGGGGAGGAAGAGGAGGGAGCCUUCCCAGGACUAAACCCAGAGCAGAGAGGAGAGGCAGGUGUGUUCAGGUGAGUCACCUGGAUCAUGAGGUCGUUCCUCUGCUGGAUCUUCCCACUUCUGCUCAUCUUGGCCUCGGUGGCCCAAGGCCAGCUAACAAGGCGACCACAACCCAGACCCAGGCCCAGGCCCAGACCCAGACCCAGGCCCACGCCCAGCUUUCUUCCACCUUUUGAGCCAUCAGAGCCCACUGACCUGCCUCCCCCACUCCCUCCAGGCCCUCCAUCUGUCUUCCCUGACUGUCCCCGGGAGUGCUUCUGCCCCCAAGAUUUCCCAUCUGCCCUCUACUGUGACAGCCGCAACCUACGCAAGGUCCCCAUCAUUCCAUCCCGCAUCCAUUACCUCUAUCUUCAGAACAACUUCAUCUCUGAGCUCCCACUGGAGUCCUUUAAAAAUGCCUCGGGUCUGAGAUGGAUCAACCUGGACAAUAACCGAAUCCGCAAGGUGGACCAGAGGGUGCUGGAGAAACUGCCCAGCCUGGUGUUCCUCUACAUGGAGAAGAACCAGCUGGAAGAGGUCCCCUUGGCCCUGCCCCGGAAUCUGGAGCAGCUGAGGCUGAGCCAGAACCAGAUCUCCAGAAUUCCAGCUGGCGUCUUCAGCAAGUUGGAGAACCUGGUGCUCUUGGAUCUCCAACACAACAGGCUGAGUGAUGGUGUUUUCAAGCCUGAUACUUUCCAGGGCCUCAAGAACCUCAUGCAGCUAAACCUGGCCCACAACAUCCUGAGAAAGAUGCCACCCAAGGUCCCCACUGCCCUUCACCAGCUCUACCUGGACAGCAACAAGAUUGAAACCAUCCCUAACGGCUACUUCAAGGGCUUCCCCAAUCUUGCCUUCAUCCGGCUUAACUACAACAAGCUGUCAGACAGGGGACUCCCCAAGAACUCCUUCAACAUCUCCAACCUGCUGGUGCUCCACCUGUCACACAACCAGAUCAGCAAUGUGCCUUCCUUCAGCAACAAGCUGGAGCACCUGUACCUCAACAACAACAGCAUUGAGAAAAUCAACGGGACCCAGAUUUGCCCCAAUGACAUAGUUGCCUUCCAUGACUUCUCCUCCGAUCUGGAGAAUGUGCCACACCUGCGCUACCUGCGGCUGGACGGGAACCAUCUGAAGCCACCCAUCCCGCUGGACCUCAUGAUGUGCUUCCGCCUCCUGCAGUCUGUGAUCAUCUAGGCUCUCACUCUGCUCCUGGAUCUCCUUCUGGCCAGACUUGAAUGCUAGCAGCUCAAGCACCUGUGCCCACCAUCAGUUCUCUCUCUCUCCCUUUCUUGCCCCCAGCUUUGCCCUUCUCAUCCCACCUUUCUGAGGCAGGGAAAAGACAUACACUCUAUUGCAGCCUGCAGCCUCUGGAGUGAGACCCAGUUCAAAGAUACCCACUGCACACCCAAACAUCUGGCCUUAUCUGGUCUCCCUUUGCCCCGGAAGCACAGAUGUGUGUCUAAGGACUUCCUACCCCGCCUCUCUCCUCCUCCACCCUUCUCUCUGGAGUGCACCUGGAUUCUUGGUCCUGGCUAUGGCAAACAGAAGAUGGUCAGGGGCAGCCUGAAGGUGAGGCUGGGAAACCCCUCUGGAGAUGCCUCCUCGGUGGGCAGAGGUAGCCUCCUCCAAGGAUCCCUCCUUCCAAAACUGCCGCUCCACCACCCUGUUCCCUGGACCAGACAUUGGUCUGGUACUCUGCUGGCCUGGGCUCUCCAGAAAGGAUGGUAGGGAAUGACCUUUAAAAAUUAGAUUAAGCUAGGUUCCUGCAAAGGCCAGCAUGUGGCUAUCUUGCCAGUGAAGAGUCGGGCACCCCUCCUCCUUCUCUGGGGGAACACAGCCCACACCCUACUGCCUGAGUCUCUAUAUGCCAAGAGUAAGAGCAGAGAGGGACAGCCAAGGAGCAGAAGAAUGGUUCAAGGAACUAGGAAUCAGCUGGGUGGGAGUCAGAGCCCAGAGAUGGGCCUGGCUGGGUACAAGAUCGGACCUGCAGGCCCCCCUUGCCUAACUCCCGUCAAGACGCUAAUGCCUUGGGGAACACAGUGUUCAGGCCACCAGCCCCGCCCCCGCCAUCUGUUCUCUGUCAGUGUGGAUGGCCCAAUGGUUCCCACCCCCAGGGAGGCGGUUCCUGAGAAACAGUGUGUGUGUGGGUGUGUGGGGGUGGGUGGGCGGAGCACCUGGAAAUCUCCCAGAAGCCUCUUUCAACAAUUGCAAAUUGGCCUCUGCCUCUCAGACACAUCGGUGACACCUGGUGGCUGGUGGAGGUCACAGCUGGCCCCAGCCGUCCUCCUCACCCUCUUUCUGAUCUGACUUUCCAAGGUCAAGGAACCAGCAUUAGGUUCAGACUUGAGAGAGCCGUGGGCGGCAUGGGUGUUUUUUCUCUCCUGCAGGGUCUGAAGGCACAAGGUACAGAGGCCCUGAGGCUGGGGGCUGACGAGUGAGCACCAGUGGGAAACCUCUGGGAGCCCUGUUGAGGAUACAGUUCCCAUUUUGCUGUCUGAUCCUACUUGCUCUGGGAUUCCCACAUCUGGAAAUGGAGGGGUGAAUAAGAUGUUCCUCCGAGGUCCCUCUAGCACUCAUGUUCCGAGCCUACAGCUCCCUCUUCAGACUGUGCUCUAAUGCAAAGCAAGUCCUAAAUAUGACCCCUUCCCUUGAAGUAAUUUAUUCCCUGUACGGACUGCCCCUCCCCCGGAGGUGCCCCACCCUCCCUGCCUGGCCCGGGGCAGUGCCUCGGCUGGUCUGCAAGAGGAGCCUGGGGGCUGGCUGGGCUGCCUCCCCUCACCUUCCCCUUCCCUCUUCCUCUCGGGGAUGCUGCCCCUUCACAGCCUCCCGCUCCCUCAUCCAUUCCUGCAUGUGUGUCGGGAAGGGGCUGCAUGUUCUAGAAAUGAGUAACACACAGUGUUGACUCUCAAGUUAGGAUGGGAAAUAUUCCAGAGGUCUUUUUAAAAAUUAGAUUAAGUUUGGCCCCUAACUUCAAGAAAUUCCCAUUAUACUUUCUCACCUUUCUCUUUUACUAAUUUACAAAAAAAAAAAAAAAAUAGGGCCUGUUUUAUCAUAGCCUCCUUUCUCCCAUACAACUGCCUCAUUCUUCCUGGCUACAGCUGGUUUCUCCAAGGCUCCUGCUUAGAGUCAAUACAUUAAUGUGGUUGUAAGCAACCUGGUCAUGUGGCCUGGAUGAGUCCCCCCACCCCGCUGCCACAACCACCACCCCACCACCCCACCUUAUUCACGCCUGGCAACCUCAGCCCCUGUGACGAGGCCCUCAGGGGAGCAUGACUCCUGGCUCCCAGGGAGAGGGGUCAGUCCCCUGCUCCUACAAUUCUGAACUGUUUUGUUUUAGAAGCAACACAAUCGCCAUCAUCCCAUGCCCCAUCUAGAAUAGUCUAAUCCCUCCCUUGCUCCCAGCCGCUGUAGGCCAGAGGAGACUAGAAUUAAAUUGGCUUUACGGCCCCCACCCCACCCCACACACACCAUAUGCUGGUUUCCCGUGGAUUUAAGGAAGCCCCUUCCUCCAUGCGCAGGUUCGUUCCCUCAUUGCUGAUGCAUCUACAUAUAUGUGUGUGUAAGUAGGUAUGCAUGUAUGUGUGUGUCCUGUACAUGUAUCUAUUCCCCUCGAAGUUCACAGUAACUUUGUGAAAAUUUUCACAUUUCAACACGCUUUACAGCAGAGGAAAUAAAGUACUAUGAAAAAC